GAUCGGAACCGAGGUAGGCGGGCAGAGGAGUUCGCAGCAAGGAGGAGGAACCACCAUCAUGUGAGGCUAACGCCGGGCUCCUCUGAGGUCGCCCGUGGCCCAGAAAUAGGGGGUGGGGGGGAGUCGGUUCCGAUGGAACCAUAAGCCUUCGUGCUGACUCGGACCGACGCAGCUGGUCAGAACUCAAACAGAGCAGCGAUGAUCCGUCGCGUUCGCUGACGACGCGCUGGAAACCGAACCGACUCUCGCUCCGCAGCGUCGGCCGUUUCCGACUUUUCUGUCCAGGAGGAUGAGCGCCGCGGCGGGAUGACGGCAGGAUGGCGAGCGGGGCUGGAAAACACAAGCUGCUGGUGAUUGGACCUACAGAACCAUGGACUGUGAGGGAGAAGCUGUGUUUGGCCACUUCAGUCAUGAAGAGUGGCGACCAGAACUGGGUUUCCGUCAGUCGAGCCAUCAAACCGUUCGCAGAACCUGGUCGACCACCUGACUGGUUCUCUCAGAAGCACUGCGCCUCCAAGUACUCAGAGCUCCUGGAAACAACUGAGGCACCAAAGAGGAAGCGUGGUGAGAAAGGUGAGGUGGUGGAGACGAUUGAGGAUGUGAUCGUGCGCAGACUGACGGCUGAGAGGAUCGAAGAGCUAAAGAGGUUUAUCAAAGAAACACAGGAAAAGCACAGGGAGCUAAAGAGGGAAGCUGAACUUAUUCAGGCUGGACAUCUAGAUUCUAAACUGGAGGAGCUGUGGCAUGAAAUUCUGCGGAAAAAGAAGCAAGAGGAGGAAGAAGCUGAGUUAAAUAGAAAAAACACAGAUGCUGCAUUUCAGGCCAGACAGGUGGCAAAGAGCAUGCCGAAGCGGACGUCCAGUGUCACCAUGAACUCCCCCUCGGCCUGUGGCUCCCCAAGCCAGGAGCUCCCCCCAGGGGACCCAGCAGAGUCCCUGACCCUAGAUGCUACAUCCACUAAUAAGGCUCCAGGAGCAGUCAGGUUUAUGACACUUGCUGAGACCUCCGGACCUGAGAAUGACCUCCUCGUCCAGGGAGAUCUCCUGGACAACUCCACCCAGAAGCAGCUCUUCAGCCAGAAAGCUACACCGUCACUUUCUCCACUCCUGUCAGAAUUACUGAAGAAAGGAAACAUCUUGGCCACUAAUUCCAGACUGGUUGUGGAGGGCAAUAUGUCUGCAGGUCACAUGACCGGAUCACAUGACCCACAGCUGACUCCAACGUGUCAACAUCUUUCCCAGGCUACAGGGGCUCCGAUGUUGUCCCGCCUCCUGGAGGCAGGCCCCUCCCAGUUUUCUCCCUCAGACGGUUUUAUGACGAGUGCAGGAUCCGCUAGUAGUGCUGCUGUUUCUGCUGCCUGCCCUGAUCCUGUCCCAGCAAGUUCAGAGGCAGAUGUGACGCCGCAGUCGUACCACGCCGUCCCUGCACAGCAGACAGGGGCAGAGGUCAGUGAAGAAGAUGUGACCUUGUCCUACCUGGGAGAUGAACUGGACAUGAAGACAGUGGGGGACAUUAUUGCCAUCAUUGAAGAAAAGGCAAACGAGGCUGCAGAGGCUUUGGACGCAGCAGCGGUUGAGGCCGCCCUGUCUCUCUGUGAGGAGAAUGGCCAUGCCCUGCCUGCAGGCUGGGACUCUGGCCCCUUUCAGCCCAGAGAGUCCCAAGACGCGGAGACAGCAGCAGCAUUGCAGCCCUCGUCUCUUUACUGCAGCAUGGAGGCGGGCUCGGAAGCAUCACUGAUCUGCAACAGUAAGAACAACUGUCUGGCCGGGUUCCCUUUAGAACUGCGGAGCCCUCCUCCAGUCCCUUUAUCCUCGUGCAACUCAAAGACUUUGGAACGCUGCCAGAGUUCACCCUCCAUGCAUUCUGAGGCACAGACACCACAACGAAGGGACACAAAGGAACCGGCACCAGAAGAUAGUACUGUGAAAUGUGAAAGCUAUAGCGAGGCACCAGAAAAUAACGACAGAGACUCCAAAAAAGAAGACAGCCCUUCAGUGAAAGGACAACAAAAGGAGGCAGAGGAUAGAAAGGAUGCUAGAAAUGAGGAAAACGCUCCAGAGACUAAAGCAGAGAGCAGUGUGGAGGAGCCAGAGGUAUGUGGAGAAGAGGAGGGUUAUGGGAUUGAGGGGUUCUUGUCAGAACCAGAUGGGGACUUGGAGCUACAACCUGCAGCUAGUGAGAGUGAGGAUGGAUGCAGCCUCCACACUGCGUCCUCAUCUCUGCAGCUCCACGCAGUCGCAGACUCCAUCCCCAGCAGCCCCGCUUCGUCACAGUUCUCUGUGUGCAGCGAGGAUCUGGAAGCUCUGCAGGCUCACAGGAUCUGGAAGAAAGCAAUUAUGCUUGUGUGGCGUGCAGCGGCCAAUCACAGGUAUGCAAAUGUCUUCCUGCAGCCUGUAACGGAUGAAAUUGCACCUGGAUAUCAUAGGAUUGUCCACAGGCCCAUGGACCUGGCCACCCUAAAAAAGAACAUUGAAACCGGUUUGAUCCGGACCACGGCCGAGUUCCAGAGGGAUAUCAUGCUGAUGUUCCAGAACGCUGUCAUGUACAACGGCCUGGAUCACGACGUGUACCACAUGGCUCUGGAGAUGCAGCGGGACGUGAUGGAGCAGAUCCAACAGUUUCUGGCCACUCAGCUCAUCAUGGAGACUUCGGAGUCUGGCAUCAGCUCUAAGAGCUUGAGGGGCCGCGAGAGCACCCACAAACAAGACUCCACUGACAAGGAUACCGUGUCCAUGUCUUCACCUGCCUUCCUGCUCUCCCUUUUUGAUGGAGGCACCAGGGGGCGCCGUAGUGCCAUACAAGCUGAUCUCAAGAUGAAGAAAUAAAUGUUUGUCUGAUUCUUUUCCUCUCAUCCCUGCAUAAAAGGGCCUUCACCCUGCUCUCCGUAUUGACUUAAAGCCUGUGGCGAUGAGAGCCUCAUUACCUCAGAGACGGUCACCCACAGGUGUGGAUUACACGUCUAAUCCUCAAAUUACUGCUGGCAGUUGUGAAUUGCUCCAAGCUUUCCUAAAUGAAACUGCAGGCCCCUUUGACUAACCAGGCUGCACAUGGCCGCACACUAAAGUUUGGAGUCAACGACUCGUGCUGGAGAUGUACCCAAGCUCUCGACUUUUGCUGGACUUACUGACGGUUAGUUUUUCCUUUUGUUUUUCUUUCUUGGGAUUUGAGCCUAAGAUGAAAGGUCACAUUUUAUUUCCAAGCACUCAUCGUCAUAGUUGGUGUUCAACUAUUCAAUUUUUAUCAUAUCUUAACUGAUGUUUUUAAAUAUGGAUGUAUCAUGUGAGCUCACUUGUUUUAGUCCUACUUACGUAGAGAUUUUUGAAGUUAUGUUAGUGCUUUUGACAAACUGUGAUCUUUUUUUUUGUGAAGUCAUUGCAAGUACAAUAAAACUAUAAAGUGAUUCUUUACAACAGCCAACCUAUUACAAAUGUCUCAGCUGAGUGGUUACUUCUUUCUUGUACUUUUAGAAACUUUCAAAGAUGUUUUCAGGCGGAGUUUGGUUCCACAUCUGUGGAAUCGUUCUCACAAAUUUCCAUGUGCAAGAAGAGGACUCCGCUAUGAAAGAGCAAUGAGGAGGAAGAAUAUUGUGGGUGUUGUGUAAACAUGCCUCAUAAAUAAAACUGACUCAUAACUUGGGACCUGACCAAA